GUUUCACUUUCCAUUCUGUCCGUCAGCGACCGAGAGGUCAGAACUGCGGCGAAAGAGGAGCGCGAGAGGUCAAAUCUUCCGUUAGCUGGCGUUUGUUUCAUGAAAUCGCAACCAAAAAAACGACCUUGUUCCCACCGCCGGCUGGAGGAGGCGUCUGUCGGACUGCUGGAUGCGGACAGGACCGCGACAACGAGAUCUGGAAAGGUGUGAUUAUGGCGUCUGAAGUUGCGCCGACAGUCAAGUUGAAAGAGGCGGAGGAACUGGCCCUCUCCCUGAGCGAGGCCCUCAGCAGCGGGGACGGACAGGAGGCGGCCAGGCUGUGUCAGAGGCUGGCCCAGCUCUCCGUCCCGGUGUCCGUCAGCGUCGACGCUCAGGCGUACCCUCGGGACUCCAUCAGGCUGCUGGUCGGAGUGGAGGAUGCUCAGUCUGAUUCCUACAUCCCGGUGACUGUUUUGGCUUCUUCUGACAUGACAAUUGCACAGCUUAAAGAGAAGAUCAGCCUCGACUUCGGGUUUCCCCCCGCCGUGCAGCGCUGGGUGAUCGGGAAGCGGUUGGCUCAGGACCGGGAGACGCUGUACAGCCAUGGCAUCCGUCAGAACGGGGACAACGCUUUCCUGUUCAUCCUCUCCGCCCAAGCUGCUCAUCUCACACGGCAGCAGCACAAGCUGGACAUGGAGCAGCAACGAAUAGAAGGCAUCGUGGAGUCGAUGGAGUCCAUGCAGCUCUUGCCCAGAGGCCUGGGCGGAGCUGGUGGCGAGAAGACGGCUCCUCCCCCAGAGACUCUUCCUGUUCUCCCUAAACCCAUAACUGCUACUAAACCUGCUGUGCCUCCUAAACCUCCUCCUAAACCUCAGCUGGGCUGGACCUGUCCCAUGUGUACGUACAUAAACAAACCAACGCGACCUGGCUGUGAGAUAUGCGGAGGGGAGCGGCCUCAGGAUUACCAGGUGCCUCACGUCUACCAGCCGGACCAGCAGGAGAGUCUUCGAAUCCAGCAGGAAGAGCUGGCCAUGCUGCAGUACGAGCAGGCUCAGCAGGAAGAACGAGAGAGGAACUACCUGUACUUGUUGGCCACAGAGGACAUGAACCUAAUCCCCAACGCCACGGAGGCCGACUGUCCCAUCUGCUUCUCUGCCCUGCAGCCAGGAGAGGGCGUCGUGCUCAGAGAGUGUCUGCACACCUUCUGCAGGGAGUGUCUAAAGGGGACAAUUGUGAACAGUCAAGAUGCUGAGGUGGCCUGUCCUGACAGAUGUGAGAGCAAACUACUGGACCGAGAGAUCAGAGAACUGCUCACAGAGGAGGAGCACCUGCGCUUCCUGGAGCUGCGCCUGAGCAUCGCAGAAAGCCGCUCAGAGCACAGCUUCCACUGUCAGACUCCCAACUGUCGAGGCUGGUGCAUCUACGAGGACGAAGUCAAUGAGUUCAACUGUGUGCUCUGCGGCGAAAGCAACUGCAUUCUCUGCAGGGCUAUCCAUGACGGCAUGAACUGUAAGGACUACCAGGAUGACCUGCGCAUCCGAGCAGAGAACGACCAGGCGGCCCAGCAGACUAAACAGAUGUUGGAGGGCCUGCUGCAGAAUGGGGAGGCCAUGAAAUGUCCACGGUGUGACAUCAUCGUGCAGAAGAAAGAUGGCUGUGAUUGGAUCUGCUGCUUGAUGUGCAAGACAGAAAUCUGCUGGGUCACCAAACAAGCUCGCUGGGGCCCAAAUGGAAAGGGCGACACAUCUGGAGGCUGCAGAUGCCGAGUCAAUAACCAACCUUGCCAUCCCAACUGCCAAAACUGCCACUGAGACAAGCACACUAAUGAACACACGCACGCAGCUGCAAGUGCAUGCACAGUCUGAAGAAACGCAGGCUUCAGCUGAUGCUCAGGCUGCUAGCUUAAUGCUGGCUGCAUACCUGCGUUCUUUCGAUGUACCUGACUUUCUCUCAGCCUUGUUUUCAAUGUGCCUCUGUGUCUGGUCGCUGAGACACACUUUCCUGCAAAGGUGCAGUAUCCGCGGAUAUAAAUGCUAUUCACAAGCCACACCAUCUGCCAGCUAUGGCCUCUACAUGUCCACAACUGAGGGCACCAGCCGUCAGUGUGAGAAAAUAAGCUUUACUUGGACCUUCUGCUAUAAUAACACCCUUUUUGUGAUGAUUUCAUGCUUGAUUUACGUUCAGUCCACAGGCGACUGCUUUCAUCACAGUUUCAUCACACGACUUUGGCUUCCGCUCAAAACUCGCACUUUGAUCGGAUAGAUGCCCCAAAAUGCCAUUUUUAAUCUGUCAAAUACAGCAAAUGAAAAUGUCACUCAACAGCUAGCAACUCUAUAAAUAAGGGAUUCAGUUUGCUUUUAUCUCUGUGAAGUUUGGAUACAACUAAUUAGCUACAAAUUUCAAUCAUGAAUCAUUUAUUAAUUGUUCUUACAGCUCAUCACUUAGUCUAUAAAACACCAGAACUAAACAAAUGAGUUUUACAAUUACUGGACCCAAAAGAUUACUAUUUUUUUAUGUUGUAGCCAGUGUAUGUUUGCAGUUUUUGCGUUAUAUAUGAGAACAAUUAUUGCUUUGUUAUCAUAAUUAUAACAGCAAUAGAUUGUAUUUCAGUCGACUUGUCAGACUGUGGUGAAGGAUGUCGUUUACAUUGAAUGAUUGUGUUCCUUUUGCAAAACAUGCUGCUCUGACACGUAAUAACUUUGAAGGAUCGGGAUGAAACACGACACAGCGGGCAAUAACGAUGCUGUCGAUUUUUUGUAUUAUUCAGGAUCAUAUCUGUACUUCUUCAGUGUUCAUUCCUCAAGAGCUGUUCUUGUAGUAUAUAUAUACAGUAUAAUUUAUGUACAUAUCUGGGAUGUUUGUUCGGUUUCACUUGCUUGUUUUUUAAAGUGACAGUCCUUUACUCCAAUAAACUGGAAACACAA